AUGAACAAAGGCAAAAUACUCGGCUUCCACAUGCUUCGGGAUCUGAAUUGGCCGUUUGGUCAGGGCUUCCAUGCCUGGGGAAGUUUCUUGGCUACGCUAGUUGUUCUUUUUGUGAUACUAGUUUGCCUCAGUCCAGUAUUCAUUAUCAUGGCUCUCUCCCGACUCAGGAAGGCCGAUUGGAAUCCAAUGUCACGAUACCGUAAAAAGAAAAGAAGGGAGAGAUUAGAGCAAGUGGGAAGAGAAUGGGAAGAAGGGCGAAAAGCAAGGAAUAAGAGACGACUUUUCCCGAAUAUGCUACAGGGAAGAGAGAGAGAGAAUGGACUCAUUUGGAAUGGUGAAGUGGACAAGCAAGACAAAAGUUCGCUUUACAAACUACCGAGAGAAGUAAGAGAUUUGAUUUGGAAAGAGGCCACAGGUGAAUAUUUGGUGCAUCUGACUUGGUUGGAGGCGUACAGGAGGUUUGAUGUUUCCAGGUGCAAAGGCGAAAAUGGGAACUGCAUCGGAUCAGCUUGUCAGGGAGUGAGAAAAGGGAAGGGUGCGAAAGACAUGUGGGGAAAUGUGGAUUUGCUGAGCUAUCUGCUGGUAUGA